AUUUAUCUCAGGCAAGCUGUUUUGCUUUAUUCCCUCCCUUGAUCUACGCUUCGAUUCUCACAUUCAGAGUUUACAAAUCGUCUGCUCUCUCGAUCGAUCCGCUUUGAUCCCGAUUUCAACCAAUUACGGCGAGUGCGUGCAUGUGCCUUUAGUUAUUGUUGUUUUGUGUGUCAUUGGGCGUGUGAAUUGUGGUUGCGGGAACAAUGACGGUGGACGUAGAACUCAAUGUGAAUGGAAACGGGAAGGUGUCGACCAUGGCUGAGAGUGAGGUCGAGGAGAGGUGUAGCUACCAGGAUUUGAACAAAGGUGGAGAUUGCAAUGGACUCGAAGACAAAGAGAAUGGGAAGGACGAUUGUGCUCACGCCUCGUACGUUUUCAUUACCGGAAACGACAUCAUUGUUAAUGAUCCGGAUGAGGUGAUGGGUCUUGGUGGAGAUAGUGCUAUUAAGAACGAGAAUAUUGGUUCUCAAUAUCAGGGGAUUGAGAAAGGAGGGGACAAUGCAGUCUCCACGGAUCAAGGCACUGCUGAAGAGCUUAUUGCCUCUGCUGCUGUUACUGAACCCCAGUUCCCACCACUUGGCCAAGAUCACGUUAACGAGGAAUCUUCUAUGGAAGAAACCUCUGAGCCUCAGAGAAUUGUCUUGUUGGAGGUAACUGAAUGCAAAGGGGAGUUGCCACUUCUUGACCUUGAGAAAGAGAAGGGAGGGGAAGUUGCAACCCUAAGUGUUGCUGAAUCUGAUCAACCUCUGCCCAGUCCUGGCGAUGAGGAUGAGGACUCUAUAGGGAAAAACAAUUCGUAUUUGGUUGCAGGAAAUCAAGAGUCUCAAAUUGCAGUUACUGAGAUUGGUGUCCAAAAUGAAGUGGAUCGGAUGGAGGAGCCAGCAGAAAUAACCUCUGGAGUUUCCCGGAAGGAACUUGAGUUGGAGGUGGAACAGGAUUUGGAAAACCCACCUGCUGAUGUCAAAGCAGAGACAGAAACAACAUAUAUUGCUAUACCUGAUCAGGAUAGGGUUACCUUACCCUCUGAUCAUACCGGAGACAGUGUUACAGGUUCUGUUCUUAGUAACGGUUCUCUUGCUGGCAAUCAAGACAAAGCUGAAGAAAAUGGGCCUGCGGAGGAUGUGGAAACCUUGCCGUCUCCUCACACUGGAAGUGCAUCCAGCGAGGUUCCUGUUGCUGAUAGACAGUCAGAUACAGGAGUUGAUGGUAAUGCCACUGUGGCUAAUGAAAACAAAGAUGGCUUGCUUUCUGUCAUGGCCAAGGAAAUUGUUUCACAAGCAACUCUUGAUAACGAGCAACAUGGAUUUUCUGAUAAUGCAGAUAAUUUGCCCUCCAAAAUUGUCUCUGAGAAUUUCCCUGUUGAAAAUAGUGAAAACUUACUAUCAGUUACCAUUGAUAACGCAGCCCUAAAUUCUGCUUUUGAUGAUGCCAGAAAAGAAGGUGAAGUUGAAAAUUUCGAUGUCAAAAGCAAUGGAUAUUCUGUUUCCAAUCCUGCAAAGGAUAUUGGUGUAAAAUCCGAAGGUGUUACUGACGACCACACCAAAACCAUUCCUCUUGAUAAUGCUUCCGCAAAUGGUUCUUUUGAUGAUGCUAGAGGAAAGAGUGAUGUUGUAAAGAGCAACGAAUGUGCUGAUUCUAAUGUGAAAAAGAACGCGGAAGUAGAAUCCGCAAUAAGUGUUACUCUUGAUAAUGCCACCAUGAAUUGUGCUGUUUAUAAUGCCAGAACAGAGAGUGGAGUUGAAGAAGUAGACGUGGAAAGCAACGGAAGUUCUGAUUCUAAUCCCAAAAACCAUGUUGAAGUAGAAUUAGAAGUUAAUAAUGGCCAUACCAUAAAAGAGACAGCGUCAAGUGGCCGACAGAUUAGUGAUGUGGAAACUGCAAUUGAAACUAGUUUGAAUUCCGUUGAGUCUGAAGAGGAAUUAUGUACUAUCUCAAAUGGUGAUGCCAACCUGCUAGACAAUCGCUCUCCUGAAAACAUGGAUGGAGAAAGUCAUGCAGUUGCGUUAGUUAAGAAUCAAAUCACCAGUGGUGAUGUGAAAGCUGAGUCUGACAUGAGCACCACAGAUGUCCUGCACAAUAAUUCUAAUGUUACUCUGGAAAAUGAAAGAGAUCAAUUCACUGGCAUAGAUAGGGCAAAUAAAAGUAAAAUUUCAACGGCUUCACUUGAAGGUUCCCCGGGUGAUGCUUCUGAAGAGCAGGAUGUGCCAGCUGAACCAGUGAAGAGGCCAUUUUACUACUUAAUAAAGAUUCCAAGAUUUGAGGACGAGAACUUGAAAGCGCAGAUCAGACAAGCUCAGUCACAACUUGACGAGAAAACUCAAAGUCGAGAUGCUAUUCAUCCUGAAAUCCAGAGAAAAAGGGGCCAAUAUAAGGAGUAUGCUGAUAAUCUCAAAGCUGCCAUAUCAGAAGAGAAAACUCUACAGGACUUGCUUAGGGCUAAACGCAAGGAAAUGGAGUCUCUCCAAGCUGUAAGUAACAGAGCCUGGAAUGCUAUUUCUGUUGAGGGUAUUGAGGGCACGAUACGCAAUAUGGAACACAAGCUACAACAUGAAACCCUGACUUUAAAAGAAGAAAAGCUGUUGAUACGUGAAAUCAAACAAUUGAAACAAAAACGUGAGCAGGUCUCUUCUAGUAUGGGUACCCUGCAAGAAGUUCAGGAGGCCAUAGACCAAAAAGAAGACAUAGAAGAGCGCUUGAAGUUUUUAAGGAAGGAAGCUGAUUUUCUUAAAGGUAAGAUUUUUAAAGCUAAGGCUGUGACCAGGGACGCUAGGAAGAAACUCAAUGAGGAGUCUGACAUGCUUAAUGAAUUGCAAGCUCAGCAUCAAGCUGCAGAUGUCAUUCGCCAAGAAGCAUAUACACAGUUACAAAGUUUGAAGAAACAAUCAUUCAAGAGGAGCAAAUUCUUUUUCAACUACAGGGAUGAUAGAAGGGAAGCUACUGAUUUGGCAUCGGCAGGAGAUAAAGAAGCACUUCAACGACUUUGCGUUAACCAGGUGGAGAAAGUUAUGGAGCAGUGGAACUAUAAUUUUGAGUUCCGGAAGGAUUACACCAGAUGCAACAUGAGAAGCACACUCUGGAGACUCAGAACAUUGGAUGGCCGUUCGCUUGGUCCUGAUGAAGAUCCACCUGUAAUUCCCAAUGUUCUAAAUGAGAGAGUGGCCAGUGCUGUGCCACCAAUUUCUACCGAGAGAGUGGAGAAACAAGUUACACCAGUUGAUGCCUCAAAAGCAGAUGAUAAAUCCACAACAAAGGUUGCAGACCAAAAGAAUCAGACAGCCAAAACAAAGAAGCCUACAAAACAUGCUCCUUCAGUGAGUGGCUCAGCUACAGUCGCUCGUAUAGAUGAAAUCAAAGAUGUGGGAGAGGAAGAGCAGAAGCGCACAGUGGAAGAAGAAGAAUCUGCAAGGAAGGCAGUGCAGUUGAGAAAGGAAGAGCAAGCUGCCAAAUUGAAGGAACAACGACGGUCAGAGGAGAAGAUCAAAGCUGCUGAGGCGCUAGAGAGGAAGAAAAGAAUUGCAGAAAAGGCUCAGGCCAGGGCUGCACUUAGAGCACAAAGGGAAGCAGAGCAGAAAGAGAAGGAAAAGGAUAAGAGGGCAAGAAAGAAGGAGAAAAGAAAGGCAGCAGUGGGAGACGAUUCUAAUGAUAAGAAUGAGGGAGAAUCUAAUCCAAGCUCUGAAACCAUAACCGAGAUUCCCAGGGAAUCUGAAAUUGAAGAGAAGCUUGUGGCAGUGACAAAGAGGCCUCAAAAGGCACCACAGUUGAAGUUGCAGAGCAAGGCAAAAUCCAUCCCCCCACCUCUUCGCAACCGGGGUAAGAGAAGGAUGCAGAGUUGGAUGUGGGUUCUCCUUGGAGCAUUGGUCAUUUUGGCCUUGGUUUUGCUGGGAAACAGCAGUAUGUAUUUUCAUUAUGGUCUGCAACGGUUUGGUUUCUGAAAGUAUCUUUUUUACUUAUUGUUCCUACGUGGAGUUUUGGUGGGACAAUGGCAAUCCCAUAGAUGUUUAGGCCAUUCUUUAGUUGUCUUUUGUGGGUUUGGUUUCCUAUAGUUUGAGUUUAAUUACCGUAAGGGGUUGGGGUUUUUUUUUCUAUCUUUCAUACAGCACAAGCACAGCAUGAUAUAGAUGAAUUUUCUGUAAUGCCCUAAAUCUGAACCGAUUGUAUUCAUCAGUGCAAUAUAAUAUGAUUAAAUGGAAUGAUCCUAUUCCUAGUCCAUCCAAACAAAUUGUAAUAAA